UGAGUGUAUUUUGAAGUGUUUAUGCAAUUACACAUAUCGCGAGUGGUCAAUAAUCUAUAAUCUAUGUUAAAACAAACAUCGUCUUGAAAUAUCAUCAAGGGGACGAACAACAUGGUGGACAUACUUUCGACCCGUCUCCAAGAGGUCUACGCGAAAUGGGAGUCCCGAACGGAAGUGAAGAGAAACUCGGAACCGACCACCACUCGAUAUUCAUUCGGGGAAUUACGACGUACCGGGCAACAGCUGCACAGGAAGAAGAUACAGGACCGGGAACUGGCGAGAAAGAUACGGGACAGCUCUCUGUUCAAGAUCAAGGAGUCCGAACCGUUGGCCCCUUUGAUCAAGGAGAAACCCUCGUUCUUGCAUCCGUGCUGUAACACUUGUACCCCGUGUUCUAGAAAUUCAUUGGUAAAUACCAUCAACAGACAAUACAUGCCUUUUGGUUUAAACAUCUUAGUAGUUAAUCCAGGGACCACGCUGUUCUCCAAAGUGUUCUACUGCAUCUCCCACGUUUAUAAUCGCAGAGAGUAUGACUAUUCGAAAGUGACGCAGAUGGUCCUAAACGACGAAAGGUUACAGGAAGCAAUUACCCUGGACGCUUUGGAGACAGUGAACAAUGAGGGCGGCAGUGAAAAGAAGGCGUUGGAAAAAGCAAAAGCCCGGGCCAAAAUGAUUCUGCUUGAGAUGGAGAGCAGAAUAAGCAAUCUUUUACUUAAAAUGACCGCAUGGGUUCUGUAUAAAUUACUGCCAUGUUUUAUACAGUCUGCUAUAGUAUUACCGUCGCAGAUACAGAUGCUGAGGAAAGCAAACGAAACCGGUCUUCCGUUAGUGUUUCUUCCGUUGCAUCGCAGUCACUUAGAUUACAUUAUGAUCAGCUUUACUCUCUUGAUGAACGACAUUAGAAAUCCAUUGAUCGCAGCCGGGGAUAACCUGAAAAUCCCAUUUCUCGGGUGGAUUCUGCAGGGUUUAGGCGCAUUUUUUAUAAAACGUCGAAUGGACCCCGUGCUGGGUCGCAAAGAUGUUCUUUAUCGUGCUACCCUUCACACGUACAUAAUGGAGAGCUUACGGGCGGGUCAUAAUAUCGAAUUCUUUAUAGAGGGUGGACGAACGAGAACCGGUAAACCGUGCAUGCCGAAAGGUGGUAUUUUGAGUGUCAUCAUUGACGCGUACAUGGACGGAAUUGUCGAGGAUGCGCUGCUCGUACCUGUUGCAAUGAAUUAUGAGCGUCUUGUGGAUGGGAAUUUUGUUAGGGAACAGCUGGGUCAACCAAAGAAAAUGGAGACAUUUAGGUCUACCAUGAAAGCUAUAUGGGAAACUCUGAAGGGCAAUUAUGGUAUCGUCAAAGUUGAUUUUUGUCAGCCAUUCUCUCUCAAGGAAAUGUUGAACUCGUUUCAAGCCCAACAGAAUAAAUUAGCUGGCAAUAAAAUGCCAGCUACCGAGAAAACUUUGAAGUAUACAAUGUCCAGUUCGUCACUUUAUGGUACAGAUGUUAUUGUGGAAGAAUACCGUCAAUUAGUGGAUAGUAUUGCACGACACGUUGUCUAUGAUUGUUCUACCUCAACACCGAUCAUGUCUACGAAUGUUGUUGCGUUUUUACUUUUAAAUAAAUUCCGAGAUGGCUGCACUUUGGACAAGUUAGUUGAAGCAUUCGACUCGAUGAGGCUUGAAAUAGAAGCCCAUAAAAGGAACAUUGCUUUUUGCGGAGAAAGUAUUGAUAUUAUCAAUCAUGCUCUGGAUAUUUUAGGGCCAGGCUUAGUGAAGCAGCAAAAACAAGAAAUCACAGAAGCGAUCGAUGGUCAGCCACUGAAAUCAGAUUUUGUUACCGCAAUCCGUCCUGUCUCAAUUUUACCAAAUGUGAUCGAACUGUCGUAUUACAGCAAUGCAAUGCUAACGUGUUAUGUCAUGGAUAGUAUAAUAGUAACAGCUUUAUAUGCUGAAUUGCAGUCACAGAUCAACGAUCCUGUAGCGAUUGCUCAAAACAAUAUCACUGUAUCCAAGGAUCUCCUAAUACAGUGGUCACUUAAGCUUUGUGAUAUCCUUAAGUACGAGUUCAUUUUUUGUAAACCAUGUCAAGAAUUAGAAUACGUCGUCAUAGAAGCUAUAGAGAAUCUCUCAUAUACGGAUAUUAUUACAUUACAAGAGGAAUGUUGCUUAGAAGAUGAGGCGUGGAGCAGGAGGUACGCACAGAAGUUUGACGAUAGUUCAGACGAAGAAUACAUUAAUAAGAAUAGGACUAAAAAUACUCAGUAUAAAUUGAGCUUACUACCGGAACACGCGAAACGUAUGGAAUUUCUUCAUACGUUGCUACGGCCAUUAGUCGAUACUUAUACGCUCAGUGCCUUUACUCUUAAAAAAUUGGUAGGUCGAUCGCUUUCUGAAAGAGAUCUAGUUCAGGAAGUUUUAGCCGAACUGAAAACCAGUUUAGAUCGGGGUAUAGUAAAUUAUGGAGAAAGUUUGUGUGUUGAUCCGAUAAAAAACUCCUUAAAACUAUUCGAGAAAUGGAAUGUUUUGGAGUGUCUUCCACAGGAAAACAUUAAAAUUUUCUAUCUGAAAGAUGAAUAUGAUAAAGACUCAGCCGUGACGAAGAUUUAUGAAACAAUAGCAGCUUUUAAAUGGACCCGAAAUGUAAAUUAAAGGAGAAUA